GCCGGGCUGCGGCGCAGGCGCGGAAGGAGACGAGGGAGCGCCGCUUCCGGGUGAUUUUCCCAGGGUCGGGGGCGGCUAGUGCUUGGAGUCCUCGCUCAGGAUCGGAGGCCUGACACCUAGAGGGCGGCUUUCCCGGGACUGAGGGACGCGGGCUCCGCGCCAGGCGAACAGAAUCCAGGUCGGACUGGACCUGAGCCACCGACCACUGACCAUGGCGGCCCUGGGUCCUGGCACUCAGAAUGUCACCGAGUAUGUUGUUCGAGUUCCCAAGAACACAACCAAAAAAUAUAACAUAAUGGCUUUCAAUGCAGCCGAUAAAGUCAACUUUGCUACUUGGAAUCAGGCCCGGCUGGAGAGGGACUUGAGUAACAAGAAGAUUUACCAGGAGGAGGAGAUGCCCGAGUCGGGUGCCGGCAGUGAGUUUAACCGCAAGCUCCGGGAAGAGGCUCGCCGGAAAAAGUAUGGCAUCAUCCUCAAGGAAUUCCGACCCGAGGACCAGCCCUGGCUCCUGCGUGUCAAUGGAAAAUCAGGCAGAAAGUUCAAGGGCAUAAAGAAGGGAGGCGUGACGGAGAACACAUCCUACUACAUCUUCACCCAGUGCCCCGACGGGGCCUUCGAGGCCUUUCCUGUGCACAACUGGUACAAUUUCACGCCACUGGCUCGACACCGCACACUGACUGCUGAGGAGGCCGAGGAGGAGUGGGAGAGGAGAAACAAGGUCCUGAACCACUUCAGCAUCAUGCAGCAGCGGCGGCUCAAGGACCAGGACCAGGACGAGGACGAGGAGGGGAAGGAGAAGCGAGGCCGCAGGAAGGCCAGCGAGCUGCGCAUCCACGACCUGGAGGACGACCUGGAGAUGUCCUCCGACGACAGCGACGCCAGCGGCGAGGAGGGCAGCAGAGCCCCCAAGACCAAGAAGAAGGCGCCGCUGACCAAGGCGGGCAGGAAGAAGAAGAAGAAGAAGGGCUCGGACGAUGAGGCCUUUGAGGACAGUGACGACGGUGACUUUGAGGGCCAGGAGGUGGACUACAUGUCUGACGGCUCCAGCAGCUCCCAGGACGAGGUCGAGGGCAAGCCCAAAGCCACGCAGCAGGAGGACGGGCCCAAAGGCGUUGACGAGCACAGUGAGAGCAGCGAGGAGAGCGAGGAGGAGAAGCCACCCGAGGAGGACAAGGAGGAGGAGGAGGAGAAGAAGGCCCCCACCCCGCAGGAGAAGAGGCGCAGGAAAGACAGCAGUGACGAGUCGGACAGCUCAGAGGAGAGCGACAUCGACAGCGAGGCCUCCUCAGCCCUCUUCAUGGCGAAGAAGAAGACACCCCCCAAGAGGGAGCGGAAGCCGUCGGGAGGCAGCUCUCGGGGCAGCAGCCGCCCCGGCACGCCCAGCGCGGAGGGCACCAGCACCUCCUCCACCCUGCGGGCAGCCGCCAGCAAACUGGAGCAAGGGAAGCGAGCCAGCGAGACACCAGCUGCCAAACGGUUACGGCUGGAUGCCGCACCCCAGAGCCUGUCUGGGAAGUCAACCCCGCAGCCGCCCUCUGGGAAGUCCACGCCCUGCAGUGGUGACGUGCAGGUGACCGAGGAUGCUGUGCGCCGCUACCUGACGCGGAAGCCCAUGACCACCAAAGACCUACUGAAAAAGUUCCAGACCAAGAAGACAGGGCUGAGCAGCGAGCAGACGGUGAACGUGCUGGCCCAGAUCCUGAAGCGCCUCAACCCCGAGCGCAAGAUGGUCAAUGACAAGAUGCAUUUCUCCCUGAAGGACUGAGACCCGCCACCACCCCAAUAAACACGUCUGUCCAACCUGCC